AUGGCGAAGAGCCGCGAGAAUGUCGACAUCGUCCAGGCUGAGCAUGAGCAUGACGAGAAGAAAGGGACUGGCGAUGUAGCACCAACCUCUGCAUUUGCGAGCUUGACGCGGGCUCAAUGCGUUAGGAAGUUCUGGCGACUCUACAUCACCGGACUGGGUGUCUCUCUGGCAGGAAUGUACGCUGGUUAUGCAAACUCAGUUAUCGGAAGUAUCAUUGCCAACGAAGGCUUCAUCGAGUACUUUGCCACCGUCAAAGAUCCACAAACCGGCAAACCAGCUCUCAACUCGCAGCAUAUCUCGCUCUGGGCGGCCUGCUACUUUGUCACCUCCAUUCUUAUCCAGACUAUUGCUCCAGUCACUGCGGACAAAUUCGGUCGCAAAUUCAACAUGUGGGGAGUGACAUUCUUUCUGACUCUGUCUAUUGUAAUCCAGGUCAUUGCGCCCAAUUGGUGGACUCUUCUCAUUGCUAGGCUCGUGGCUGGCUGUGCAGGCGGUAUGAUGGGAACAUCAGUCAUGGUCUACAUGUCAGAGGUUGCUCUCCCUCAAUUCCGUGGUGCUCUUCUAGGCAGCUUCUCCCUUGCAUUUGCGUUAGGUCAAGUAUUUCUCGCCAUUGCUUUAAAGGUCCUUGAGGAGACGAAUCCGAUGGCCUUCCGUCAUAUCUUUUACUCAGAGUUCGUCUUCACUGGACUUUGGCUUUUCCCUAUGCUUUAUCUUCCCGAGACACCCUCUUGGUAUGCAUCAAAAGGGAGACACGAUGAAGGCAAGAAGGCCCUGAAGCGACUUGUCGGUAACGUCGAGGGGUACGACAUCGAUCGUGAGUACUCGGUUAUCCAGUAUGAGAUGGACGAGUCCUCAGCAACCGCCAAAUCCGGCAAUGAAAACUCGGACUGGAAAGCUCUCUUCACCAGCAAGAUCAACAUGAAGAGAGCCGUUAUCUCAACUCUUCCCUUCACGUUCCAAAACAUCGUUGGAGUUCCCUUGAUGUUCGGUUACACAACAUACUUCUUUCAACUGGCUGGAGUCAGUGACCCAUUCUUGGGUAACAUGGUCAAGCAGAUGGUUCUUGUAGUAGGUAUCAUCAUUUCCUUCUACACCGUUGACAAGGUUGGCCGAAGAACGCUCGUCAUCGGUGGUGGUGCCGCAAUGGCGACUAUCUGCUUUAUUGUUGGCGGUUUGGGUUUUAUGAAGCAGACCAGCGCUUCGAGAAUGGCGCUGGUCGCCUUGUGUUCUCUUUGGGCUUUCGUGUAUGCAAAUACACUCGCUCCUAUUGGCUGGAUCAGCUUGGUCGAGAUAUCGAGCCCAAGUCUACGUGCAAAGACGACAUCGAUUGCAGUAACAAUCCAAUACGCCACUGGUAUUUUAUUCAAUUAUACCGUUCCCCUCAUGUUGUCAAAUCAGAAUGCUGGAUGGGGUCAAAAGAUCGGCCUUUUCUUUGGCGGUAUUACCUUGGUGUACUUGAUUCCCUGCAUCCUCAUGUUCCCCGAAACGAAGGGUCGAACGUACCAUGAGUUGGAUGAAUUAUUCGAGCGACGCAUUUCUGCUUGGAAAUUUGCAUCGACAAAAACCUCACAUCAGGAGGAGCUUGAAGCCAAGGUUGAGGGAGAGAAAGUCUAA